GUCGUACUUUCACGCUUGGGCCUCACUCUUCCAAGGGACUGUUAACCGAGUGUCGCCUUAAAUUCAGCAGCUAAAAUGAGAGGCAUAUUUCGAUCCAUUUUUUACAUUUUCUUUUUGAAAGUCUCUGUGCAAGGUCUAUGUCCUGAGCCUUUCGAGAGCGUGCAUAACAAGUGCUACUACUUCGAGUUGGAGGUGUCCAGGACAUGGGACAACUGCAGGGCGAGGUGCCAGAGCCUCGGCGGCGACUUGGCCAUACUUAACACGUGCGAAGAAUUCAGCCUUAUCGUAAAACACAUUCAUAUUUCACAACUGGAAAUUCCUGACGCGUUUUCCUUCUUCGUCGGCGGGACUGACAGGGGCGACGAAGGGGUUUGGUACUGGGUCGACGGGUCGCCCAUGAGGAUGGGCGUUCCUCUCUGGGGACAAACAGACAACAUAGCAGAGCCAUCUGGCGGUACAGAGCAGAACUGCGCCACGCUCAACAAGGCCAACCGCUAUUACCUCCACGACGGCGAGUGCGACAAGAACGGGUACGCUAUUUGCCAGAUCGACCCUCUGCCCGAUCUAUGAGAUAGGUGGCUCAGGAUGGGAAAUUUUAGGAAACAAGGACCCCGGGUUAUCUCUUCUGGAAGGGUGCAAUAUCCGUUUGCAUGUUAAUAAACUGGAUACAAGUUUUA